AUGACGAUCGAAGAGCAGCCCGAGCGGUUCAACAACACUCGUAAAGCCGACUUCAAAUCAAUCUACAACCAGUCCGAUCCCCGCGCUUACUUCGCGGCUUUGACGCCGCUCCAAUACCAAAUCCCACAGCAGGCACUUCCCUUUGUGAGCCGCAUUCUCCAGCAUAUCUCCGCGAGGGACCCAUCCCCAACCUCCAACAGCGAUGGUACCGUGACCACAGCAAACAAAGUCAAGGUCCUGGAUGUGUGCUCUUCGUACGGGAUCAACGCCGCCCUCCUCCGCCACGACAUCGAUAUGAACGCGUUGGCGGAACACUACGCCUCCACCCCAAAACUCUGCUCUCGGGAGCAGAUCGAGGCCGACGAGCGGUUCUUCGCGGGACGUAGAUUGCGGCGCGAGCAAGAUUCGAAAAAUGAAGUGGAGGUAAUCGGCUUAGACGUCGCACCCGAAGCGAUAUCGUAUUCCCUAAAAACUGGCCUCCACGCAGCCGGCUUCACAGAGAACCUCGAAACCCACGACCCCUCACCGGACCUCCGCCAAGCACUCCACGAUGUAAAGCUUGUGGUGUGUACAGGCGGGGUAGGCUACGUCGGCGCCUCAACCUUCACCCGCAUCGCCGCCGCAGCGAGGGCAUCUUCGCCGUCGUCUCCCUCGCAGUUGUGGAUGGUGACGUUUGUGCUGCGCGUCUUUUCGUUUGAUGAGGUCGCGGAGAGGUUGAGGACGGAGUUUGGGCUUGUGACGGAGAAGGUUGAGGGGAGGGUUUUUCGGCAGAGGAGGUUUAGUUCGAGGGAGGAGCAGAUGGCUGCGGUUGAGGAUGUUAGGCGGAAGGGGCUUGAUGAGAGGGGGUUGGAGGGAGAUGGGUGGUUCUGGGCGGAGUGUUGGGUUACGAGGCCUGAGGGUUCGAGGGAGGAGGUUGGAGAGUUGAUUGAGGGUCUUUGA